CAGAAUAUAUUAGGGCCCAGAACAUAUUUGAGUGCAGAAUAUAUUAGGGUGCAGAAUAUAUUAGGGUGCAGAAUAUAUUAGGGCCCAGAACAUAUUUGAGUGCAGAAUAUAUUAGGGUGCAGAAUAUAUUAGGGUGCAGAAUAUAUUAGGGCCCAGAACAUAUUUGAGUGCAGAAUAUAUUUGGGUGCAGAAUAUAUUAGGGUGCAGGCUGUAGUGUGACCCUGUGCAUUAGGGUGCAGUCUGUAUUAUAUAUGAGGGUGCACAUUCUAUUAGGGACAAUCUACAUUAUUCUUAACCUAUUUCAUUCGGGUGCACAUCAUAUUAGGGUGCACAUCAUAUUAGGGUGCACAUCAUAUUAGGGUGCAUGAAAUAAUACAUUUGGGGUAUACACUAUAUUACUGUUCAGGUUACUAUGUGGUAUUAUAGGGUACAUGCUAUCGUACAUUUGGGGUGCAGACUACAUUAGGGUGCAGCAUGUUAUAUACCUUGCUGCAUUAGGGUGCACACUGUAUUAGGAAACACUCUAUAUUAUAACUCCCUGCAUAUUAAGGUGCAGCUUAUAUGUCCCAGUAUUUAAAGGGGAUGGUGUAACUUGGGGUGAGUUCUCAGGAUACACAGAGAGCGCAGCAGAUAAGAGACAUCCAGAGAGAACGCUAGGAGCUGGAGCAGACUACAGAGAUCUAAGAGACAUCACAGAGAACAGGAGAGAGACAGGAGCCAAGGAAGGGGUGCAGCAGGGGCCGCAGAGGUUACACAGCAGUAUACAGGCAGCAGCAGUAUACAGGCAGCAGCAGUAUACAGGGUAGGAGGGCUACAAGUUCACCAUCUCUGCCACUACAUGGAAGAAGGACUGUAAAACCAAGGACGCACACAAACCAGGACUCAGAUCAAAGGGUUAAUUUUUGGCGGAGUUUUCCUGUUACAUAGAGUUUUUUGCAUCUAGAAGACUUGGUGAGCGCACAAGACUGAAUCAGAAGCCAGAGGUAGUAGUCCAGUAAUCCUCAACAUCCUCCGAGACAACUAAAGAAGCUGAGUAGUCCAGGAGCGGCCGCCAUCUGAGGGACUCUGGCUGUAAGUGACCCCUCCCAUAGUCAGUGACUCCGGACAGUCACAAUAUGUCCAGGAAGAAGAGCCAGAAGAGCAAAGGGGGCAGCAGCAGCUCCCCAGCCUCCUGCAGUGUGCCCCCCGCCAAGGAGAAUGGUAAGGUGGGCACCGACAUCCACAGCAAUGGCAUGGUCAUGUCCGGGCGCCCGUCCCUCAGCAACAGUGGAGAGUUCUACGACAUCGCCUUUAAGGUGAUGCUAGUUGGAGAUUCAGGAGUGGGAAAGACUUGUCUGCUUGUCAGGUUUAAGGACGGAGCCUUCCUGGCCGGUAGCUUCAUCUCCACUGUGGGCAUUGACUUCCGGAACAAAGUGUUGAAUGUGGAUGGUGUUAAAGUCAAGCUGCAGAUCUGGGACACUGCCGGACAGGAGCGAUUCCGAAGUGUUACACAUGCCUAUUACAGAGAUGCCCACGCUCUGCUCCUGCUCUAUGAUAUCACCAAUAAGACGUCCUUCGACAAUAUCCAGGCCUGGCUGACAGAGAUACAUGAAUAUGCGCAAAGAGACGUGGUCAUCAUGCUUCUCGGGAAUAAGGUGGACUCCACUCACGAGCGCGUGGUCAAGAUAGAAGAUGGCGAGCGGCUGGCAAAGGAAUAUGGGGUGCCAUUUAUGGAGACCAGUGCCAAAAGCGGACUGAAUGUGGAAUUGGCGUUUACAGCUAUUGCAAAGGAACUGAAGCAUCGGUCCAUGAAGCUUCCCAAUGAGCCGAAGUUUAAACUCCACGACUACGUCAAGAAGGAAGUAAAAGGUUCGGGCUGCUGUAAAUCCUGAUUUCUCCACCAGUCGGAGGGGUGGAACCAUCCUCCUACCGGUUACCUGUAUAAAGACUGAUGAGAACAUUUGUCGUCUCCACAGGGGGGUGCCCUGGAGCUCCCACCGCGCAGCUAUGCCUCUCCCUCCCCCCCUAUCACUGUGGACGAGCAUUCUCUGUCUGUGCAUGUCUGUGUUUUUAUCUAAAACUGAUGUGUUAUACAAAAGGACACCUAAAUCUCACGUCCUGAGGCGUAUAGCUGGUGUCUGUACAUAGGGGGCGCUGUCUGCGCAGGGGUCUACAUUCUGUUAACAUGACCUCCCCCACCGAUGAGCAUGCAUCAGUGUCCAUGGCACAUUGUAAGUACAGACUGACUAUCUGAGGUGUCUGCAAGGCAUUGAGGAACUCGCGUUGAAUGUAAUAUAUGGGGAGUCUGCCUCACACAAUGCACUGACUUGAUAAAUCAGGGAUCGGUUGCUCAUGCUUGCUGAGAAUCCUCUGGGGUAAGUCGGCUCCGGGCACAUCCCACCCUCUCGUUCACACAAGGUUUAGCUGUCCUUUUGAUCUGUGUGUUUGCAGCUUUAGUGUCUGGGAAAGUCCGAGCAGCUUCAUGCAUUUUAUACUUUCGUAUUUCUUAGAACAGUGUUUCCCAAGCAGGGUGCCUCCAGCUGUUGCAAAACUACAACUCCCAGUAUGCCCAGACAGCCUUUGACUGUCCGGGCAUACUGGGAGUUGUAGUUUUGCAACAGCUGGAGGCACCCUGCUUGGGAAACUGUCCAUGUGAGUCCACCAUGCUUCCGUUCUACCCAUACAGCCACAGCAGCCAGCUAUUUAAAGGGAUACUCCAGUAGAAUUUUAAAUCAACUUGCACCAGAAAGUUAAACAGAUUUGUACAUUACU